GAGGAGCGCCUUCCGCAGUCCCUCCUCGGGCCUCGGGAUUUGGAUUGGCUCGGGCAGCGAGGUCGGCGAGGUCAAGACCCCUUCGGCGCCUUCCCCGAGCCGCCCCGCCGCGGUGGCGUUGGUGUCGCGCGGCGGGGGCGGGGCGGAGCGGGGGCAUGCUGACCCGGCGGAGGGGCGCGAGCGGCAGCGCGCGGGGGCCCGAGCAGCGCCCGGCCCGGGGCUCCCGGGGGCCGGAUGGCGGAGCCCACGCGCGCCGCGAAGCCGGGGAGGUUUGCGCUCCGCUCGCCGCGCUGCAGGGAGGGCGCGGUGCCAGGCGCGAGCGCCGAGAAACCCAAAAAGAAAGCUUUUUAUUUGCUGAGAAUGAAGCCCCUGAAGGAGCCCGCCCCCAACAACAACAACAACGUGUCCUUUGUGAUCCACUGUCAACUAGGCAAGGAGAUCAAACACAUUUGCAGCAACUGCAGCCGGGGGGAGGACGCCCGGGACGCUGAGGAAGUGGAGAGGCUGGCGGCCAUGCGUUCUGACUCCCUAGUCCCAGGCACCCACACCCCACCCAUCCGGAGGAGAAGUAAGUUUGCCAACCUGGGCAGGAUUUUCAAGCCUUGGAAGUGGAGGAAGAAGAAAAGCGAGAAGUUCAAACACACAUCAGCAGCCCUGGAAAGGAAGAUCUCCAUGAGGCAAAGCAGAGAGGAGCUGAUAAAGCGAGGGGUCCUGAAGGAGAUCUAUGAUAAAGAUGGGGAGCUCUCCAUAUCCAAUGAAGAAGACUCCCUGGAAAACGGGCAGUCCCUCAGCUCCAGCCAGCUGUCCCUGCCCGCCCUGUCCGAAAUGGAGCCAGUCCCCAUGCCGAGGGACCCCUGCUCGUAUGAGGUGCUCCAGGCUUCAGACAUCAUGGAUGGACCAGUGUCUGAAGAGAGUCCCUCUGCCAGUGAGUCUGGAGUCCUCCUGUCCCAAGAUCCUACAGCCAAACCAGUCCUGCUACUGCCCCCCAAAAAACCUGCUGCUUUCUCUGGAGACCAUGAGGAGACCCCAGUGAAGCAGCUGUCCCUUCUCAAGCAGCCCCCGGCCCUGCCUCCCAAACCCACUACCCGGAUUGCCAACCACUUAACAGAUCCUGGCGCCCCUGUGAAAUUGCCUUGUCUGCCAGUGAAACUGUCGCCUCCGCUACCUCCAAAGAAAGUCAUGAUCUGUAUGCCUGUAGGGGGCCCAGAGCUCUCCCUAGCGUCCUACGCAGCCCAGAAGAGCAGCCAGCAGGGUGUGGGCCAGCACCACCACACUGUCCUGCCCUCCCAGAUCCAGCACCAGCUGCAGUAUGGCAGCCACGGCCAGCACCUCCCCUCCUCCACCGGCACCCUCCCCAUGCACCCCUCGGGCUGCAGGAUGAUAGACGAGCUGAACAAAACGCUGGCCAUGACCAUGCAGAGGCUGGAAAGCUCUGAGCAGCGAGUCCCCUGUUCCACUUCUUACCACAGCUCUGGUUUGCACUCGAGUGACGGUGUCACAAAAGCAGGACCUAUGGGCCUCCCGGAAAUUAGACAAGUGCCAACUGUUGUGAUCGAAUGUGAUGACAAUAAAGAAAAUGUGCCUCAUGAGUCGGACUACGAAGACUCCCCCUGCCUGUACACCAGAGAGGAGGAGGAGGAGGAGGAGGAGGAUGAGGAGGACGACAGCUCCCUCUACACCAGCUCCCUGGCCAUGAAGGUCUGCAGGAAGGACUCCUUAGCCAUCAAACUCAGCAACAGGCCCUCCAAGCGAGAACUGGAAGAAAAGAACAUCCUCCCCAGGCAGACAGAUGAGGAGAGGCUGGAGCUGAGGCAGCAGAUCGGCACCAAGCUCACCAGGCGGCUGAGCCAGAGGCCGACUGCCGAAGAAUUGGAGCAGAGGAACAUUUUGAAACCUCGGAAUGAACAAGAAGAACAAGAAGAGAAAAGAGAGAUCAAGAGGCGACUAACUCGAAAGCUCAGUCAAAGGCCUACAGUGGAAGAACUUCGAGAAAGGAAGAUCCUCAUCCGCUUCAGUGACUACGUGGAGGUGGCUGACGCUCAGGACUAUGACCGCAGGGCAGACAAGCCGUGGACCCGCCUCACAGCUGCUGACAAAGCUGCCAUUCGGAAAGAACUCAACGAAUUUAAAAGCACUGAAAUGGAAGUUCAUGAAUUGAGUAGACACUUAACAAGGUUCCACCGACCUUAACAGUCGAUUUCCUCUUGAGUGCUAUGCUGUCUUCAAAACAUAAAUUUAUAAGAACCAUAAGUGCUGGUAUUUAUUCACUUCCCCAUUACGAUGUAAAUCUUCUGAACUGCCUUUUUUUAAAAGAAGAAGAAGAAAAAUAAAAGGAAACGCAAUCAGGAUUCUCUGUGCGAAAACGUGAUGGUGACCGCUGCCGGGUCAGAGCUGCUGGCGUCACUGAGGCACCGAAACGCGUCCCACCUGCGGCAGGGCCCUGAUGGAAGACCUCCCCGUGGCGGAGCCGUCCUGCUCCUCACCAUGCCAGCCCGGCAGGCACCCCGUGUUCACCUGGUCUGCAGCGAAAUCCUUCCUCACCAGGGUCUGUCACCUGAGUGGAAAGAGGGCCGCGGCAGCAAGCUUGUCUUGAGAGACUGUGCGCAGCUGUCAAUCGGUUCGCCUUCUAGAUUUGGCCAGAUGCAGCCUGCGGUCUGGGGGUCCCCGAGGAGGGAGGUGCUGAGGGCCAGGGAGCGCUUCUCCAUGGCUGGGUCCUUUCUCUUUGCCAUUGUCCACGCAGUGAACAUAAUGGAAGGGCCUUUUCCCCGGGGGGAUCCUGGGGGCGUCUGUGGUCGUCUGUGGGUCCUCAGGCGUGUGCCGUAGGGGUGGAAGGCUGGCACGCAGCGCCCAUCCUGCCUCCUCAGCCUGAGCUGAGCCACCUUGCAGGAGACUCUGGUUCAGAAAGCGAGAGUUGUCAUCUGCUCAUUUCUAAUUAAUUGACCCUCCCAGUGUCACACAAAUGCCAUUGCCAAGGUCCUCCCCUGGUGUCCAGGCAUCUGAGGGUGCAGACUGUGUAGGGCCGUGGAGGCUGGGGUCCACCCUCGCUCAGGCAGCACCUGUACUUAGCAGAACAAGACAGAGAGGUCUAGUAAGGCUGGGGUCAGAAACCCUGCUUGACCAGGGCCCAUUUUUCCUGCGCACCCUGGGCCCGUGACGGUGUGACUUGGAAGUCAACAGCUUCUGAGCGUAGGACAAGUCGUGGAGGCCAGAAGCCCUUCCUGUAGGCCUGGCUCUCCAGCCACUGAGGGACUGGUGUUCCAGUGCCCUCGACGGCCCCGUCUCCUUUCUUUGCACUGAAAAGCUUCUAUGGAGAAGCCCAGACUUCAGCACGUGCCAGAUUCGGGCAAAUGCCAGGCAUACCUGCCUGGAGUGUCCCUCUCUUCCUGCCCCAUUUAUCCAGAGAGAAUCCUUUCUCUCUUGUGAUACUGGGGUGAUUGGAGAUGAGUCUCCAACUGUCCUGCACACUGGGACCUCAGAGAAGCAAUGCUCUGUUGACAGGGACACCAGGGUUGGGUGUGUGGUGAAGGAAGGACACCCACAGACCCUACCAAGUAUCCCGGGGAGGCCCACCUUGGCCGCUUUACUCUUCCUUCCUAACGGAGUUUGCAGGCCCUCUGUGCAGAGUCACCGUGGUCAUUCUCGGUGACAACUUGCUCUCCACCACACAUGCCCAGGGUGUAGAAGGAUGCCAGCCUGCCAGCCUGACCAUCCCCUGAAAGAGUCAACGAGUCCCCACCCAAACCCGGGGGGACCCAGUAACUCUUAGGAGGCAACAACCGUCUCUGGGGCUGUGGAAUUUUCCACGGGCUUACUGGCUCCAUGGGCAGCACAGUAGGAGCCAGGCGUGGGGGAGAGCUCAGGGCAGCUCCGCAGGCCGUGCCCCAGCCGCUGCUCUCUCGCACCUCUGGAGAGCACGCCCCUGCCCAGCCCGAGGGCAGACACCAUCACCAUCACUAGACACCAUCACUCGAUCUUUCUUUUUUUCUUUGAAUGUUGAAUCUGAAUAGUUCCUGCAGUCGGGAGAGGUAUUCAGGGAAAACGUGGUCGGGAUUUUAAUGUGACUGUAAACAGUCUUCCCGAAAGGCUUACUGACAGUUUGAAUGUUCAAAUGGAAUGACAGAAGACGCUUGGCUCUCGUUGAACUUCUCUGGGGCAGGCGGGGCAGGCGGGGCAGGCGGGGCAGGCGCACAUCCACGGCGGAAGUGCCUGCCUGCCGGGGCUCGAGGCCUGCACUCCCUCUAACCAGCAGCUGAGCUUCACGUGGCACGUGGUGCCCUGUGGCCGGUCGUCGGGCCUUCCCCUGGCCAGGAGUGAGUCCUAAGGGAACGCAUUCCCUUGACUGGACUCCUCCUGCAAAAGCCCAUGGCAUCCUGCUGGCAUUAGGUCUUGGGCCCUACAGAUUCCCUGGGAACAGAAAGACCAAAUCCAUCCCCUGCAGCCGGCCAGCAGCCCCGGUGGCCUGCCCAAGUGCCCUAGGGCUGCAGCCCACUUCAUGCACGGAAGAAAUUGAACCCAACGUCCACUCCUCCUCCUGCAGGGCACCCUUUCCCAGAAGUCACUUCCUCAGACUGAGGGGUGUGCAGCCCAUGUCCCUGGAAGGCCCCCCGCCUCCAGGAUCAGCUAUCUCAAGCCCAGUGUAGGUGGUUCUUGCCAGGUUCAGCAACCCCAGAGGCCUGCAGGAUGGGGCCUCUGCAGUCUCUCUUUAAAACCUUCAGGUCUUCAGAGUGAUCCACCCACAUUUUUUUGGCUACAUUUUUAGGACACUGAAGCAACUGUGUUACCUUCCAGGAUGACAAUUUGACACGAGCUGGGAGGAGGGGGAAGCUAGAUGGCUUAAAAUGCACCACUUUUCUGGAAAAACUGCAGUUUUGGAGUUGGUAAGAGCGUGUCCAUUCCCAAUUGAGCAGCGUGUCAUCAGGAUUAGCGGGAGAGGGAAGCGUGACGUAGUAUCUCUAAUCCCGUUUCCCUCUCAGAAUUGGACAUGGCUCCAUACUCAUCCCCAACCCCACCUUAAUGACAGAAGAGACUGCCAUUGGCAGACCUCCCUUCUCAGACUUCCUGAUCACCUCUUCCCCAGAGGCCCUGGAGCCCCGUGAGAUCUUUAAAAGUCUAGCCUUGCUGUCUGAUUCGAGAAACCAAACAACGCGGCGGUGAACGAGAUGAAAGCUCUGGGUUUAUUUUUCUCCCGCUUUAUGAACAUGUGUUUAUAGUUGCCGAAUGAACAUCGUGGUGUGUUGCUUCGAUGAAUGGAGUUGCAGGCGCCUCGUGCUUGGCCGGUGGGCAGAGGUCACCUGCAGUGACUUUUUCUUCCCAUUGGUCUGUUCAUCCCCAAGCCGGUUGCUUUUUCCAGUUGCUUCCUGGGUGUGUGUACAUAGUUUGUCUUUGUAUAGGAGUGAGUGUGGCGACCGUCAAUCCCGUGCUCUCCUGGGUUCCCACCUAACAGACGACGCUGUACGAGGGAGACGUGUACAUAGGAUACAAAUUAAACUGGAUCUCUAUGGCCUAGGUUUUGUACAUACAGAAACUGCAUGGUAUUUAAAUUAUUGUUUGUCUCUGAUGAUGUAUGCAGUUUCUCUAAAAAUGAACCAAAAAAAAAAAUUCCAAAAAAAAAAAAC